AUGAAAAUGGAAAAGGAAAUGGAAAUGAGAACGGAAAUGGGAUCGAAAACGGAAAUGAAAACGUCCAUGUCCAUGUCCAAGUCUGAGUUCAAGCCCGAGUCCGACCCCUUGAACGUGAUUGCCCUGAUCUCAGGCGGCAAGGACUCACUCUACAGCCUCCUUCACUGUCUGGAGAACGGGCACAAGAUCGUGGCGUUGGCCAAUCUCUACCCGCGAGCUCGAGCUCGAUCGGCUUCGGCUUCGGCUUCGCAUUCGCAUUCGCAUUCGCCGGCGCAUUCGCAGGCUAAGAAGGAGGAGAAGCAGGAGAAGGAGAACGAGCAGAAGGAGAAGAAAGAUGUGCUCUUGCACGAAGGUCUCGACGGAAUUACCAAGGACGAGGACCAGGACCACGGCGAGGAUGAAGAUCUCAACAGUUUCAUGUACCAGACCGUCGGGUACUCGAUGAUUCCGCUCUACGCCGAAUGUCUCGGUCUUCCGCUGUACCGGCGCCAGAUCACAGGGUCUGCAGUACAGACGGGGCGAUACUACGACACGAGUAGUCUGUCGACGGCAACAGGCAUUGAAACAAAUACAGAAACGGAAUCAGAAUCAAAAACAGAAACAGAAACAGAAACAGAAAAAUCCCUGGACGAGACCGAAGAUUUGCUGCCUCUGCUCCAAGAGAUCCUACACAAACAUCCCGCCGCCAACGCCCUCUGCUCCGGCGCGAUUCUGUCGACGUACCAACGCACCAGAGUCGAGUCGGUCGCUGUCCGGCUCGGUCUGACCCCGCUGGCCUAUCUUUGGCAGUACCCCGCGCUCCCUCCGCCUGUCGGGCGCGACGACUCUCUGACCGGGCUCCUGGACGACAUGGCGGCGGCCGGGUGCGAUGCCCGGAUAAUCAAGAUCGCCAGCGGCGGGAUCAAGGAGAGCCUGUUGUGGUCGAACGUCGCCGACGCCGAUUCCAGGACCCGCUCGCGACUCGUAACGGGCUUCCGGCCCUUCUUUCCCGACCGCGAGUUCUGGCUCCGUGGUGCCGUUUUGGGCGAGGGGGGAGAAUAUGAGACCUUGGCUAUCAACGGACCCAGAAGGCUUUGGAAGAAGCGCAUUGCAAUGUCGGAAGAGACAAGCUCAAGCUCAAGCUCGACUAUUGUCGGAGACGGCGGCGUCAGCUAUGUCCGAUUAGGACGCGCGAUGACCGUGCAGAAUCAGCCAGAGUCGACCGAGCAGGAUGAAGGGUCGAUCCGGGUGCCGCGGGCCUGGGAUCCCCAGUUCGAGGGCGUCGCUACGAAAGUGCAAAGUAUGCUGUCGGUGUCGGGCCCGUCAGCGAGCGACAGAGGGGAUGGACUUGAGCACGGCUCAAAGCCUUUUCCGCCGGCGGCUAUGCAAUUAUCUCAGAACCUGACAUCGACAUGCCUGACGAUAUCCAAUAUUACCGCACAGCCGUCGACGGUCGUGGGUGUCAGCGUAACGGACGUUUCGAGCACACCCACGGUUCAGAUGCAGCAAAUCUGUGCGAAGCUCAACUCCCUCAUCGAUGCAAUCCCUGCUCCUUCACACGGCCUAGGCCUACCUUGGAAACCGACAAGCUCGGAUAUUGUCUUCGCGGCAUUGUUGCUCAAAGACAUCUCCCACUUUGGUGCCAUCAACGCCGUCUAUUCCACACUGUUUCGUUCAGGGGAGCCCAACCCGCCGGCUCGGGUGACACUGGCAUGCGACCUUCCAGCUGGUAUUGAGGUCAGUCUGAGCGUCAUCCUCGAUCUCAGACCUCGGGGCUCUCGACGCGGGCUUCACGUCCAAAGUCGCAGCUAUUGGGCUCCUGCCAACAUAGGACCAUACAGUCAGGCAAUAUGUGUGCCGCUGAAGGCCCCCCAGGAUUCGCCUGUCAACGUCAACGUCCACGAUGCAGAGCUGGUCGAAGUGGUCCACGUGGCUGGCCAGAUCCCCUUGAUUCCACAGAGCAUGCAGGUGUUGAGCGGAAGCUUCCUCGAACAAGCUGUGUUGAGUCUCCAGCAUCUCUGGCGCGUCGGGCAAGAGCGGGGCGUUGAUCUCUGGCCGUGGGGAGUGGCCUUCCUCCAACAUGACGAGGAUAUACCGACAAGGGCAGAUCAAGCGAGCAAGGUAUGGCAACAAGUGAACCAGAUUGGAACGAGACCAGCAAAAGACACCUCCACAACUGACAGCAGUGAGGACGAAGACGGUCUGGACGCAUGGGACAGGGCGUACAAUCGGGGUUCGACAUAUGAGGCCACAGUAGGAGAGCAUCUCCAUGUCCUCCCCAAGCCCAGUGCGUUCAAGGAGACAAGCUCGGGGUCGAGAUUUGUGCCUCCUUUCAUCGCGGCCGAAGUCGUCUCCCUACCUCGAGCUGCGACCGUCGAAUGGUGGAGUUUGGGGCUUGCCAACUUGCUACAGCUUCCUGGAUCAGUGCCUCGGGCAUACACGAGCCGACGACGGUACACCUGGGGCUCCAUCGGCACAAUCUCUUUCCAGCUUCGCCAGCAGGAGCAGGAGCAGGAGCAGUCUCUCUCGCGCAUGACAGAUACCACCAUCCAUUUGGUGACGGUGUUGAUUCACUUGCCAGCCUCUUUAGCGACAAGCGAUGCCGUCGACGCCGAAACCGUCGAGCGAGAUGUUAUCGACAUGUUUUCCUCUGGUCCAGAUCAGCCAGCACUACCACCAGUCGAAGUGGCCCACGGCACAGCCUUCAUCUCCGCCGCGGACCAAGACCAGACACAGUGGUGCAAACAGGCACUCUUUGCGAACCUGACAGUCGUCCCAUGCAAGUCAGUAUACGGAAGCGCCGGCUUGACCACUUCCGACCUCGCCUGGGAGGGGGAGGGGGAGGGGGAGGAAGAGAAGGAUGAAUAUCAAAGCGGCGAGGAUUUACAGUCCACUUUGAAGGCGAAGAGGGCGUCAAAGAAGUUGAAGGCAGAAGAGACGUGGUGCACAGGCAUGCAAAACGACGCCGCGCCGUCAUGCCAACCUCUCGCGGCAGCUCUGACUUUGUCCCUUCGCGUCGAGCAUGGUUCUCAGUCCAGCCGGUUUGGGAGUGGAUGA